GUCCAAAAUGGACUAAGGCAACGCCUGGGACGCCUAGGCAGACGCCUGGGACGCCUUAUAGCUUAAGGCGGACGCCUUAGACACCCACCUAAGGCGAGGUGGACGCCUUGCCCUCGCAGGGUGCCCUGACGAUGCCUAAGCGUCGCCUAGGCGACGCCUUAGGGAUGCCUUGAAAACAGAGGUAGUAGAUGUAGAUGAUGUUGAGGAGGUUGUGGAGGUGAGUUCAGUUGGAGCAAACAUCGCCUCUAAAAGGCCAAGCUCAGGGACAGCAGCCAAACAGAAUAAGAAAGUGUUUAUCACCGACAUGCAAGGUAAAAAGAAGUCUGUUUCUGUUGUGUCUGCCGCCAAUUGUUGCCAAGCUACGAAGAACACCCGAGGAUCUUGUAGAUGAAAGACGCUCUGGGUGUUCUCAAAGCACCAUGGAGUCCAGCACAAAGACUCCAGAAGAGAGGCAGUAUGUCAAUAUGUAGUGGGCAUUGUUCUUUUACGAGUGUGGCAUUCCAUUCAACACUGCAAGUAGUAGGCAGUUUGAGGUUGCAAUUGAAGCCUCUUGUCAAUAUGGGUCAGGUUACAAGCCUCCUAGUGCACAUGAGCUGAGAGAGAAAUUGCUUAAUGAUUGUGUGAAGGAAACAAGACUUUUGAGGAGGCAACACGAGGCAGCAUGGAAAAAAUAUGGAUGCACACUCAUGUCGGAUGGCUGGUUGGAUAAAAGAGGACGCCAUUUGAUUAACUUCCUUGUUAAUAGUCCAGAGGGCACUUUCUUCUUGGAGUCGGUUGAUGCCUCAAGUGUAUGUCAUGAUGGUGAUAUGAUAGCUGAUUUGCUUGAGAAGAGGAUUCUGGAUGUUGGAAAAGAGAAUGUGGUACAAGUUAUCAUCGAUAAUGGUGCUAAUUACAAGAAAGAUGGCCACCUUCUAAUGGAGAGGAUGCCUACUCUAUAUUGGAGCCCGUGUGCAUGUCAUUGCUUGGACCUAAUGUUGGAAGAUAUAGGAAAGUUGAAGGCAUUUAAGAAGCCUAUUGCAGGGGCUAGACGUGUCACAACUUUCAUCUAUAGACAUGGAAGACUUCUUAGUCUAAUGAGGAAGGCCACGGGUGGGGAUCUUGUGAGACCAGCAGCCACUCGUUUUGCCACAGCCAUCCUCACACUUAGGAGUUUGGUCAAGAACAAGGCUGCAUUGAGGAGUUUAUUUACAUCUGAAGAAUGGGUUGGAAACAAGUUAGCAAAAACACAAGUUGGCUUGAAUGUGCAAGAGAUUAUACUUUCAACGGAGUGGUGGAGCGCAAUUGAGGACUGCCUUAGAGCUUCAACUCCACUUCUUAGAGUUCUUAGAGUAGCAGAUGGUGAUGAGAAGCCUGCCAUGCCAGAGAUUAAAGCACUUAUGAUUUAUGCAAAGGAGAGGAUCAAUCUAGGUUUCCCUCAACAAAACAAGCAACCAUUGCUCAAGAAGAUCUUGGCCAUUGUUGAUAAGCGUUGGGAGAAUCAAAUGGAUCAUCCAUUGUAUGGGGCUGCUCUAUUUUUGAACCCAGGAAAGUUAUUUCCUAUUGUAAGCAGAAAUGAUGAUGCUUUAGUUGGGGACCUUAGGAGCUGCUUUAAUGAUGUGCUUGCAAAAAUGGUACCGGAUGCCAAUGUUCGAAAAAAGAUUGAUCAACAAUCUGUGCUCUAUGAGCAACAGCGAGAAAGUUUUUCUAAUCCAUUGGCACUCGAUACCAUGAGCACAAGAAACCCUCUUGAUUGGUGGAGUUCAUUUGAUGGUCGGGCCAUUGACCUACAAAGGUUUGCAAAGCGCAUUGUUAGUCUUUGUGCUUCAUCAUCUGGUUGUGAGAGGAAUUGGAGCACGUUUGAAUUUAUCCAUACAAAGAAAAUGAACAGAUUACAAUGGAAAAGGUUGAAUGAUCUUGUCUUUGUUUCAUACAACCGGAAGAAUAUGCAACGGUUUCAAAAGAGGCGUGAGAAGGUGGGCGAGAAUAGCUUUGAGGCUUUGGUCAUUGAGGAUUUUGAUUGGGGCAAUGAGUGGGUGGACCCAUCACUAUCACAACCUCAAGGUGCUCGAGGUUGUCCUGAAGACAAUCAAGACAUUACAUGGGAGGAUGUUGAUGUGGCUAUUGGUGCAUCUUCAAACCUUCGAGGCCGCAAUCUGCAUAGGACAGCAACUACACUUCGUAGGGGCCAGAAAAAUGUCCGUCUGCACUACGCACGCAAGAGACCUACUACAACACGACCUAUAAUUCCUGAAGAAGAUGAGGUAGAGGAGGACUUGGAGCAAGAGCAACACUCAAGUAUGCCCAAUGCGGAGGGGGAGGAUUCAGACUACGUUGAGGAUGAUGAUGAUGUGAGCAAUGACGAUCAAGAGCCAACUAAUGUUGACCAAGAUGAAUUCUGUUGGGGAGAAAAGCAAGUGCAAAGAGGAUGGGGGCUCUACAACAAUCAGUUGCAAGGUGAGAAGCAACUCAAAAGGUUGGGGCAUAUGACUUCAUCCGGCAUCGGCACCAAGUUGCACGUGAAACUUUGGUUUUUCCUGGCUUCGAUCUUUAUCAGGCAUAGAAUUGGCUGACUUUGAUUUUUGUGAUUGUGUUUUGGUCCCGUAGUUUGGGCUGGCUUCUACUUUCUUGGGUGUGUGCCUGGUUUGGCUGGCUAGAUGUGUUUGGUUUUCCAUGGUUGUGGAAUUCUGUAUGUUGUAUCCUACUCUAUAAAUCUUAUUUGCAUGCACGCACCUGUAAGCAGUUUGGAAUUGUGUCCACGUGAAGUGAGAUUCCGUUUCCUAGUGUA